UGCGAGGCGGUUUGAUACUCUGUUUGGUCUGCUCUUCAGUAGCUCCGUGCCAGAACAAGAUAACCGGUAUUGCUACAAACAACACGAUGCAGGGAAAAGGACGUACAGGACCAACGGGCAGGCGUUUUAGACUGAAUAUGAUGGCACUGCUAUCAAUCUUGUCGUUACUGGUGCUCACCUACUACGUCAAGGAUGUGAAAGCAGAUGGCUUCGGAGAAACUUCCACAAGCAGAGAGGUGAACUCAUUUUUUGGCGAGGAGGACAUGAAUGGACAGAGCCCACUGUACUUUGGUACACAAGACGUCGUUGCGCCGCAGAAGAGUGAAAAGAGUGAGAAGAAGAAAAGUAAGAACAAAAACAAAAAAAACAUCAUCAUGAUGGUGACCGACGGCACGGGGCCGUCCUCCAUCAAUAUGGCAAGAUCAUACAACCAAUACAUCAACAACUUGAACUUUGACGAUAUUCUCAUGUUAGACAAGUAUCUGAUUGGACAGUCGAGGACGAUGUCGUCCUCGUCGUUGAUCACCGACUCUGCUGCAGGCGCCACAGCCUUUUCGUGCGGAUUGAAGUCGUAUAACGGUGCUAUUGGUGUCGAUCCUAUGCAAAGGCCGUGUGGCACUAUCCUGGAGGCGUUGAAGUUGAAAGGAUACAAGACGGGGAUGGUAGUCACAACAAGUCUCACCGACGCCACUCCGGCUGCCUUCAGUUCGCACGCGGACUUCCGGUCGAUGCAGGACUUAAUUGCCAACCAGCAGCUUGGGUUGAACGCUACCCUUGGUGAGAUGGUGGACUUGAUGAUUGGCGGAGGAAGAUGCUUCUUCUUACCGCAAUCAGACGCGGCGGGCUGCAGAAGCGACGAGCUCAACCUCGUUGAUUUUGCCAAAAAGCAAGGAUGGGAAGUUUCUGUGGACAGAGCUGGGUUUGACAAGCUCGGUCUCGGAUUGAACAAAGACGUCAAGCUUCCUGUGUUGUCGUUGCUUGCUUACUACAACAUUCCGUACGAGAUCGACCGAGACGAGAAGGUGUUUCCCAGCUUAUACGAGGAGACUGUAACAGCGUUGAACAUUCUUUCCCGCGAGACGGAGGACUCGGACGAAGGGUUUUUCCUCAUGGUGGAGGGGUCCAGGAUCGACCACGCAGGCCACCACAAUGACCCCCAUGCACAAGUGCGUGAAGUUCUGGCGUACGACAAGGCCUUUGCCGAGGUGAUUCGGUUUGCGCAGAACAGUGAUGUGGAGACGUAUAUUGUGAGCACGAGUGACCACGAGACGGGCGGGCUUGACGUCGGGAGACAAAUCGGCCCGGACUAUCCGGACUACGUCUGGUAUCCGGAGGUGCUCAAGAAUGCCAAACACUCGGGCGAGUACUUGAACACGAAGAUCAAUAGGUACCUCAGCCUGAACAAGAAGAUCAAGCGGGACGAGUUAAAGAGCUUCAUCCAGAAGGAGAUAUUGAGCGAGGACCUCGGCAUCGCCGACUUCGAGGAGGGGGAGGUGAAGAACAUUCUGAAAAUGAUUGUGGAGGAGGAGUCCGAGGCCGAGGCGGGGUCGGACGGAUUUGUCACGAUCAAGGAGGUCACGGGCGCCAGUGCGGUGGUGGAGUACCUCAAGAACAUGGUUUCCGUGCGUGCCCGCAUCGGGUGGUCCACCCACGGGCACACAGGGGUCGACGUGAACAUCUACGGGUACUGCAACCGGGACGAGGGCAUGGUCCGCCUACUGAAGGGGCUUGGCGGCAGCCGCGAGAACACGGACAUCGGCCGGUUCCUCGAGCAGGUGACAGGCGUGGACCUGGACGACUUGAGCGAUGUCUUGCGCCGCCGUGGCCAGGUGCACAACUAUCUUGGAGACGAAAGCGAGCGGCGGAGCGAGGAGGAGAUCGAGGAGGAGAUCGACGCCGCCGAGACCGACAACGAGGGGUUCAUCAACGUCGUGGAGUAGCGUAGACUAG